AUGACUGUCGACGGCUUCAAUCCUUGUAGAGAACUUCCGCCGACCAUCGUGGAUUAUCAUGCCGUCCUCCAUCCAGAUAGAAUAUGCGCUAAGUUCCCAAAGUCUGUGAAUACCUAUAGCGAGGGCUAUAAAAGUGUCUCAUACAGCGAGCUAGCCAAUGCUGUAAAUGGAGCUGCCCUAUUCUUGAUCGAUUCAAUCGGUCAAGGGGAAGGUACAGAGAAGCUGCCAUACAUAGGCCCGAACGAUAUUCGGUACACGAUACUCGCCAUCGGCGCUUUAAAGGCUGGCUAUUGUAUGUUUUUUGCAUCGGCGCGCAAUAGUGUCGCUGCGCACACCAGCCUCUUAGAGACAAUGCGAUGCAAGGUCCUACUAGCACCCAUUCCCAGACCUCAAAUUAUUUACGACAUCGCGCAGGCUGCUUCAUUGCCUGUUCUUGAAGUUCCUGAUGUUGCUGAGCUUCUGGGGACCCAGUAUAAGCACGUUCCUUUCUCGAAAACUCUCGCGGAAAACGGCUCCGAUACUUUCGCCGUUGUUCACACUUCCGGCUCAACGGGGAUCCCCAAGCCAGUUGAGUUUACCUUUGCUGCUGGAGCAGCGUUCAUGGAGAUGACUCAACUGCAUACGCCAGAGGGGUCUGACAGUUUAUACCGGAUGAUACAAGAAAAUCGUAUAUUCGUGACUGUUCCCCCUUUUCACGCAGCCUAUCUCUUCCAUGUUAUAUUCCCUGUAAUUCCAUUCGGCGGUGUUCUGGUUUACCCCACUGCAUCCUCGAUCGCUUCGGCUAACGGGAUGGUCGAUGGCAUGAAACACACUCAAGUCGACGGGGUCUUCACAACACCGUCAGUGAUUGAAGAGCUAACCGAAAACUCUCAGCUAUUAGAAUUCUGCGAAAAGAACCUGGAAUUCAUCUUUUUCGGAGGCGGAGAUCCCCCUCAAGAUAUUGGAGAUAAAGUGGCCGCAAAGGUCAAAUUGGUCGAUCAAUUCGGCGCAACAGAGAUCGGUCUACUCCUUGUGCUCUUUUCCAAAGCUGGCCGCAAUCUUGGAGAUUGGAAAUACAUGGAAUUCCACCCUGAUAUGGGAAUUGAAUUCCGUCACAUAGAAGGAAAUCAGCAUGAACUUGUUAUUGUGCGUCAUCCAGAAUGCGAAAAGCACCAACCAACAUUUGCCUUCUUCCCCGAGUUGCAGGAGUAUGGCAGUCAAGAUUUGUUCGUGCAGCACCCAGAUCCCAACAAGAAGCACAUGUGGAAGUGGCAGGCGCGCAAAGAUGAUAUAAUUUCCUUUUCAACGGGCGAGAAGACCAAUCCUAUCUCUAUGGAGCAGUAUGUUCAGUCGCAAAAUCCACAAAUCACAGGCGUUCUUGUCGUGGGUGCGCAACGAUCGAAGGCGGCUCUGCUUGUUGAAGUGAAGAGCGAUGGAAUUGCAUUUUCGCCUGCUGAACAAAGUGCACUCAUUGAGAAAUUCUGGCCCUCUGUUGAAGAGGCUAAUAGGGAGUGCCCGGUGCAGGCUCGCAUUGUCAAGUCUCAUAUCUUACUCACGAGUCCCAAUAAACCAAUGCCUCGCGCUGGCAAAGGAACUAUACAACGAGCUGGAACAUUGCAGGCAUAUGAGAAGGAGAUUAACAGUCUUUAUUCUGAGGCCGAUGCCCUCACUACCUAA